UUGUACUUGUGCGGUCGCUUCGGGGACGGACUGACGGGGAACGUUCACCACGAGGAGGGAAAGAGAACACACAUAAAAUCAUCAGAUAAAAUCUAUUAGAUUGUCAAAAUAACACAACAUCUGGACAGAUGAUGACUUAAACAGGGGGGGGAUUCAAAUCACCAACAAUGGCCAAUACAGGUAGGUGCUGCGCCAGUCUGGAGCAGCCCAAGGCCCUGAUGAAGAUGGGCCUGAGUAUGGUGCUUGUAGGACACGUCAACUUCCUACUGGGGGCGCUAGUCCACGGGGCUGUGCUGCGACACAUCAACCUGAACACACGAGCCCACACCAUGGCGUACUCCAUAUCUAAUAUAAUGGCACUCACUACUGGACUAGUGGGUGUUGUUGUAGGAAUGCUGACUAUCCUCCUGUCUAAAAACAAGAAGAGCAGAGUGCUGACAUGGUCGUUGUUCGUGGUCAGCCUGUUUGGUAGUCUCCUGGCCACAGCGUCUGCGAUUUGCCUCACCGUUUCUGUGGUGAGGGUCACAGUUAAUGGUGGGCGGACCCUCCUGACUCAAUGCCGGUUCCCCAAAGCUAUUGGCUACGCCAGCAUCACUAACGUGUGCCCUUUCGACCACACACGCAUUUAUAGCAUGACACUGAUCCUGUGGGUUCCUCUGAUCGUGAUCUGUAUUGUCCAGCUGGUUUUGUCAGUGCGGUGCUUCUCUGUGUGUGUUUCUUUCCUGGGUCUACCCUGCUUCCCUCACAAGAUCAGGCUCAGGGACCACGGUAGAACGAUAAAUACAGUAGCACCCGCAGAGCCGCCCUCUCUCACUAGCUCAGUACCCGGUCAUUCCCUUCAUCUACACCUUCUUCAGUCGGACCUGCCUCAUCUCAAGUCCCAGCGGCGGCCUCUUCCUCCUCCUCCUCCUCCUCCUCCUCCUCUUCAUCACUCGGACCCGUCCCAUCUCAAGUCGCAGCGGCAGCCUCUUCCUCCUCCUCCUCCUCUUCAUCACUCGGACCCGUCUCAUCUCAAGUCCCAGCGGCAGCCUCUUCGUCCUCCUCCUCCUCUUCAUCACUCGGACCCGUCUCAUCUCAAGUCGCAGCGGCAGCCUCUUCCUCCUCCUCUUCAUCACUCGAACCCGUCUCAUCUCAAGUCGCAGCGGCAGCCUCUUCCUCCUCCUCCUCCUCUUCAUCACUCGGACCCGUCUCAUCUCAAGUCCCAGCGGCAGCCUCUUCGUCCUCAGCAUCAGACUCAUCAGAGAGGAAGUUCAGACAGGUGGUCUGAUGGGGGGCAGCUGGUUCCCCCAGAGGAACAUGAGCUGCUGGAACAAGGUUUCUGGAUAUAAUGAUGAUGACGAUGAACACCCAGAUACGGCUCCAUACCCCGUCAAUAUAAUCCCUAACCCAGAUACUGCUCCAUACCCAGUCUAUAUAAUCCCUAACCCAGAUACUGCUCCAUACCCCGUCUAUAUAAUCCCUAACCCAGAUACUGCUCCAUACCCUGUCUAUAUAAUCCCUAACCCAGUUACGGCUCCAUACCCCAUCUAUAUAAUCCCUAACCCAGAUAUGGCUCCAUACCCGGUCUAUAUAAUCCCUAACCCAGAUACUGCUCCAUACCCAGUCUAUAUAAUCCAUACCCCGUCUAUAUAAUCCCUAACCCAGAUACUGCUCCAUACCCCGUCUAUAUAAUCCAUACCCCAUCUAUAUAAUCCCUAACCCAGAUACGGCUCCAUACCCCAUCUAUAUAAUCCAUACCCCAUCUAUAUAAUCCCUAACCCAGAUACGGCUCCAUACCCAGUCUAUAUAAUCCCUAACCCAGAUACUGCUCCAUACCCAGUCUAUAUAAUCCAUACCCCGUCUAUAUAAUCCCUAACCCAGAUACUGCUCCAUACCCCGUCUAUAUAAUCCAUACCCCAUCUAUAUAAUCCCUAACCCAGAUACG